CACGCACACACACGCACGCACACACUGCUCCCUCCUUUGGGACUCCGCUUGGGGAUCAAACGGACUGGAGUCGGGUCGGGCCGGGGAAGCCUGGGGCCCGCUUUGUUAUGUUAAUCCACUCUGACAUCACCCGACGAUCAAAGCUGCCAGAGCUUCUUAUAAGCAGGUUCCUAGGCACGCGGAGGAGUCAGAAACUGCGGAGAAGGGCCGGAGACCUGACGAGCGACGGCUCAGUGUGGGGCGAGCGGCGAAGAGCCCAGGCUGGGAGGAGGCGCAGCCGCGGUGACCCCCACCCCCACUCCCACUCUCCCGCCCGCUCUCACCUCCAGCCCUCUCCUCCUCGCGUUAACUUGCCGAGCCUCUCUUGGCCUGGCCAGAGCGGUAGUUCCCGCUACCUGCCCGGGAGACUCCCUCCGCCCUCUCCCUCCCGCGCCCUGGAGCUGUCUACACCACUGGCUCUGAGGCGCGGGCGGGGAUAAAGAGCCCUUUUUGCCUGUGGCCCUGGAGGGGCGCUGCGUCGGAGGCGGGGGCCGGAGGCCGGUGGCCAACACUCCUGUUGUGGGACAUUACAGUCACUGGCUAAACUGAGGAGAAAGGUUUUCUUGCGGACCGAAGAAGAGCAGCCCAGCCGGAGAGCGGGUAUUCGAGCGGGAAGGAGAGCCUUAGGGGAAAGCUUCCCUCUCUCCCUCCGGGGAGAAGCGCUUGACCCCGGAGCACUGGGGGCCGUGGAAAAUGAAGGCGAAGGUGCAGUUCCUUUGGACGGUUUUCCUGUCUCUGAUUUUGCAGACCGGCCUUGGCUACGCUAUCAAAUGGCUUGCCCUGUCCAAGACACCCUCGGUACUGGCGCUGAACCAGACUCAGCACUGCAAACAGCUGGAAGGACUGGUGUCCUCCCAGGUCCAGCUAUGCCGGAGCAAUUUGGAGCUGAUGCAAACCAUCGUGCAGGCCGCCAGGGAGGCUAUGAAGACCUGCCGGAAGGCCUUCUCCGACAUGCGGUGGAACUGCUCCUCCAUCGAGCGUGCCCCCAACUACCUGCUGGACUUGGAAAGAGGGACGAGGGAGUCGGCCUUCGUGUACGCCCUCUCGGCCGCGGCCAUCAGCCACACCAUCGCCAGGGCCUGCACCACCGGGGACCUGCCUGGCUGUUCCUGCGGCCCCGUCCCAGGUGAGACACCUGGGCCCGGGUACCGAUGGGGAGGAUGUGCAGACAACCUCAACUACGGUCUCCUCAUGGGGGCCAAAUUUUCAGACGCUCCCAUGAAGGUGAAAAAAACAGGAUCCCAGGCCAAUAAGCUGAUGCACCUUCACAACAGCGAAGUAGGGAGACAGGCCCUGAGAGCAUCCCUAGAGAUGAAGUGUAAAUGCCAUGGGGUCUCUGGCUCUUGCUCUAUCAAAACCUGCUGGAAGGGGCUGCAGGAGCUUCGAGAUGUGGCCCAGGACCUCAAGACCAAAUACCUGUCAGCCACCAAGGUGAUGUAUCGACCCAUGGGCAACCGAAAGCACCUGGUGCCCAAGGACCUGGACAUUCGGCCCGUCCAGGACACAGAGCUGAUCUACCUGCAGAGCUCUCCUGACUUCUGCAUGAAGAACGAGAAAGUGGGCUCCCACGGGACGCAGGACAGACAGUGCAAUAAGACAUCCAACGGCAGCGACAGCUGUGACCUCAUGUGCUGCGGCCGGGGCUAUAAUCCGUACAUGGACAAAGUGGUGGAAAGAUGUCACUGCAAAUACCACUGGUGCUGCUACGUGACCUGCAAGAAAUGUGAGAGGAUCGUGGAGCGGUACGUCUGCAAGUGAAGCUGGCAGCUGCCCGCCUGCCCACCUGGGCCCUGGUCUUGGCCUCAGGGCGGGAGAGGUCCCGAGGAGCCGAGCCCUGGCCUUCUCACAUUCCUUCUUCCUUCAUCCCUCCCGCAUCCUGCCCCGAUGCCAGACUUCCAAGGAAUUAAACAACGGAAUUGGCAGGUGGGAUGAGGGGGAGAUAAUGUUCAAAAGGAGACGACCAGGACCUACCGAGAAGGAAAGCCAAACAGACUCCUGUGCAUUAUUUUUUAUUAUUGUCAUCGAUGGUGCCAUCCACCUUUUCUUUUUCCUUUUGUGCCUUGAGGAAGACCCCUGGGAUUGGAAGGCUGGACUGGGCCUCCGAGCCUUCUAAGUCGCAUUUGCCUACUACUGGUAGGAAACAGAGGUGGGGAGAAGAUAGAGACUCUCAGAAGCCCUGAGGUCAGGGUGUCCACUUCCGCCGUCUACUCGUCUUCUAGGGCCUGGGUGGAAUGUCAACGUCAUUGGCCUGGGAGGAGCAGCAGCAAAGAGAACUAAGAGGAUCCGUGGGGAGGAGGAGGAUGACAAAACACAGACUCCAAAUGACCCCAGAAUUGGAGUCUCUUCCCCCCGCAUCAUCCUCGAGAGGGAGAGAGGGACAUGGGGACGGUCAGUGUCUGGCCAGAGAGAAAACUAAGGACAAAGCCAGGGAGGACCACUCAGAACUCCAGCUCCUGGAGGAAGGCCCACUCUUUUUUUUUUCCCACGGGUGUAUUUGCCGAAGAUAAAACCUAAAGUUAUCCAAGCAAGAACCCUACUCCCUCUCCAUCGCUGGUGUUGAGGACAACAGAGGCUGGAAGGACUCGGCUGUGUGCAUGGGGUGGGGAAGGGAGAAAGCGGGGCACAGGGGGUGCUCCCUGAUUCCAGAAUCCCCUUCUUCUGCCCCAAAUGGAGACUCCAUCCAAAGCCAAGAAAGCGUCCAGGCCAUCGAGCAAAUGGACCCACUCAUGGGGGGGGAGACACGUUCUCCCCCACUCUGAAAGGCGGAACAUACAGAAAUAUUUAUAAAAGUAUAGCCCGUGUUGUGGAUUGUUUGCCCUCUAUUCCUCCUUACAUAUAAAUAUAUAAAUAUAUGAAUAUAUGAUCUAUAUAUUUUAAACAGCGGUAUGAAAUAAAUGCUGUGGUGGUAUUCCAAAGCCUUCCAGACCCCA